AUGGAGGUGGCAUCAAUGGCUGGGGCUGGAGUUGUAGCUAUGGAGGAAGAAAGGGAAUUAACCAAUCGCGUCAUAUGUCAGCUGACGGACUCAGAAGGUACUCCUCUGGGAGCGCCGAUUUUCCUACCUGAAAGCGCCGGCCCGAAGGAGCUCCAGCAGCUGGUCAAUAAGCUACUUAACAACGAGGAAAGAUUGCCUUAUGCAUUUUAUGUAUCAGACAGUGAACUUGUAGUGCAGCUAGGAACAUACCUUCAGAAGAAUAAAGUGUCUGUGGAGAAAGUCGUCACGAUAGUUUACCAGCCCCAAGCAGUAUUUAGAAUACGGCCUGUAACUCGCUGUUCUUCAACUAUAGCUGCUAUGAAAAUCUUAUUUUGUCAUUCAGAGGCAGUGCUUUCUGUAGCGUUUAGUCCAGAUGGACGCCAGUUGGCAAGUGGAUCAGGCGACACCACUGUACGGUUAUGGGACUUAAAUACGCAAACUCCAUUGUUCACGAGGAACUGGGUUCUUUGUAUUGCAUGGUCGCCAGAUGGUAAACAUCUUGUUAGCGGAAGCAAGGCUGGAGAACUGAUAUGCUGGGACCCACAGACUGGCAAACCAUCAGGAAACCCUCUUACCGGUCACAAGAAAUGGGCAACUGGAAUUUCAUGGGAGCCGGUGCAUCUUAGUGCUCCAACCCGCCGCUUUGUUAGUUCAAGUAAAGAUGGUGAUGCAAGAAUUUGGGAUGUUACUUUGAAAAAAUGUGUUAUAGUUCUUACAGGACACACACUUGCCAUAACAUGUAUGAAGUGGGGUGGAGAUGGAGUCAUACAUACAGGAUCUCAGGAUUGUACAAUUAAAAUGUGGGAAACUUCACAAGGGAAGCUCAUACGCGAACUAAAAGGCCAUGGCCAUUGGGUAAAUUCUCUAGCAUUGAGUACCGAGUAUGUUCUUCGAACUGGUGCAUAUGACCAUACCGGGAAAACAUAUACAUCUCCGGAGGAAAUGAAGAAGGUAGCACUAGAAAGGUACAACAAGAUGAAAGGCAAGCACCCCAAAACUCGUAUGACUGGCCAUCAACAGCUUGUAAACCAUGUCUACUUCUCUCCGGACGGUCUGUGGAUCGCGAGUGCCUCCUUUGACAAGUCGGUUAAACUAUGGAACGGAGUCACUGGAAAAUUCGUGGCUGCCUUCCGUGGUCAUGUGGGCCCCGUCUAUCAAAUAAGUUGGUCGGCUGACAGUAGGCUGCUCUUGAGUGGAAGCAAAGAUUCGACCUUGAAGGUGUGGGAUAUUCGGACUCAGAAGUUGAAGCAAGAUCUUCCGGGGCAUGCAGAUGAAGUAUUUGCAGUUGAUUGGAGUCCGGAUGGUGAGAAAGUAGCAUCUGGAGGCAAGGAUAAAGUUUUGAAGUUAUGGAUGGGAUAA